UAAUAAAUGGCAUUUUAAUACGAAUUGAUGUAUUUAACAAUGUAUGCGGGUGUUGGUUUAGCAUUUAUUGUAUUCUUUCCAUUACCUAGAAUAAUAAGAAAACCAUUAGUGAGAGGAUUAGAAAUAAUAUUAACAAAUUCAAUAAUAUCAAAAGGGUUAUAUUUGAUAUUGAGUUGGUCACUAUUUUUGUUUUUAAGUGCAGUAAAUGAGAAUCAAGAUUUAGGAAAGGAUUUAAUAGGAUAGAAAGCAUAAAGAGAUUCAUUUGUAUAAGGUGUUUCUUAUUAUGAGAUGGAAAAGACUAUAAAUUAAACAAGAAUGAAAAUGUUUUAUUCUUAAAGAAACAUAUAUUUAACAUUAUUCAAUCUAAUAAUUUUUGGAGUUGUAUUUACUUAUUUAAAAGGUUUGGUGAAAUAUGAUAAUCUUUUGGAUAAGGAAGAUAAACUUAAGAAAUAAAUGAAUGUACCAAAAGGAGCAGUGGAAAAUGUAAAAUAAUAAUCAGGAAAUUGAAUAUUAAUCAAAUAUAAAC